CAGGUGGAACAAAAGUUGAAAAGUGAGUCUGAUGAACUUGGUGAUUUGAUAAUUGAUUUGUCAAUAAAUGGUGAAAUCGAUGACCCUAUGGAUGCAAAUGAAUUUAUGAACAUCGAUGCUGAUGUCGCUUUUGAGAUGCUGUCUGACGGUGAUAUAAUCUGUGCUAUUAAUAAGGAUGAUGACUGCCUCCCUCAAGAAGAAACAUUACCAGUGCCUAGUGUUACAGACAAUGAGGCUUUGAAAGCCCUUGAUUUGGUUGAAACGUAUCUUUUGCAACAACCCGAGGAUUUUGUUGUAACUGAUAGGGAUAAAAGUACUGUCCAUUGGUUGAGAAAGGAAGUUUCAAGAUAUGUCUCUCUUCAAAAGAAGCAGGCUAACAUUACAGAGUUCUUUUUUUAA